UUUCCACACAAAGGAAUCCAAGAAACUGAUGGAGUGAUAGCUGUCGUUGGCGGAGACAGAAUCGGGGGUGUUUCUGUUACUGUUACGCGCCACGCCAAAUUAUCCCCUCAUUUUGCUUUUUUUCGCUUAAUCUCUUUCGCCCUUCUAACGCGACUAGAAGAUAUGUCCAAGGAUCGAAUUCCUUCAAAGAGAUCUUCACAACUCUGUCUCGAAUUUUUCAUACAAGAAGAUAUGUUCAAGGAUCGAAUUCCUUCGGAUCUGUGAUUAUUCUGGCGGGAAAAAAUGAAGAAAGGAGGUUGUCGGGCUUGGGAUAAUUAGGGUUUAAUUUCCGAGAGUAGGAGGUUUUACGUGGGAGAUUUGGGAAUUGUUCAAAAUUUGAGUGUUUAAAGUGGGGAAUUCGAGGGGGGAAAAAGGGUUCCUGCGAGUUGUUUGGCGGAUGAGAGGUUUUGAAGGUUUGAAUGGGGGUUCCAGAAGGAGUGAGGUUUUCACUUUGAUUUGGAGAAAUUUGGAAAUUUUUCCUUGAGAAUCUCCAUAACGGGGAGAGCAGUGGAGCUCGAUUUCGAGGAACGAGGGAGGAUCUCAGUUUCAGAGCAUGUAGGACAGUCAAGUGCAGCAUUAUUUUCUGCAACGAGGAUUUUUUUUUUUUUCUGAAGAUUUUAAUAGAUUCUAAACUCGCAUAAGGAAAGAAGAGGAAACAGAAUAACGGCAGAAAGAGAGAGCAACUGAAUUACAGAAGAUCAAAGCGGGAACUGCUAAAAGCGAAGAACAACAAGCCUCUUUUUGAAAAUCUCUCGAGCUUUUUUUCGUAACAAGGAGAUGGCAACUUUGGUGGAACCCCCGAAUGGGGUCGGAUCCCGAGGGAAGCAUUACUACACCAUGUGGCAAACCCUGUUUGAGAUUGAUACCAAGUAUGUGCCGAUCAAGCCCAUUGGUAGAGGAGCCUAUGGUAUUGUGUGCUCUUCUGUAAACAAGGAAACAAAUGAGAAAGUUGCAAUUAAGAAGAUCCAUAAUGCCUUUGAGAAUCGUGUUGAUGCACUGAGAACUCUGCGGGAGCUGAAGCUUCUCCGGCACCUUCGACAUGAAAAUGUGAUUGCUCUGAAGGAUGUUAUGAUGCCCAUCCACAGGAAAAGUUUCAAGGAUGUUUACCUGGUCUACGAGCUCAUGGAUACGGAUCUUCACCAGAUUAUCAAGUCCUCCCAGGCACUUUCCAAUGACCACUGUCAGUAUUUUCUCUUCCAGUUGCUUCGUGGACUGAAGUACCUCCACUCAGCAAACAUUCUCCAUCGGGACCUGAAGCCCGGAAAUCUCCUUGUUAAUGCAAAUUGUGAUUUGAAGAUCUGUGACUUUGGUCUGGCACGCACCAGCAGUGGGAAGGACCAAUUCAUGACUGAGUAUGUUGUGACCCGCUGGUACCGAGCCCCAGAGCUCCUCCUAUGCUGUGAAAACUAUGGGACUUCUAUUGAUGUCUGGUCUGUUGGUUGCAUCUUUGCUGAGCUUCUUGGCCGCAAGCCUAUUUUCCCUGGCACAGAAUGCCUCAAUCAACUUAAAUUGAUCAUUAAUGUCCUUGGCAGCCAGCGUGAGGUUGAUCUUGAAUUCAUUGAUAACCCAAAGGCUAGAAGAUACAUCAAAUCACUCCCAUAUUCCCAAGGGAAGCCCUUCUCCCAAUUGUAUCCUAAUGCCAAUCCUUUGGCAAUUGACUUACUGAGCAGGAUGCUUGUCUUUGAUCCAACAAAGAGAAUCAGUGUUACUGAAGCUCUCCAACAUCCAUACAUGUCUCCUUUGUAUGACCCAAAUUGCAAUCCUCCUGCUGAGGUCCCAAUCGAUCUUGACAUAGACGAGGAUCUAGGGGAAGAUAUGAUUAGGGAGAUGAUGUGGAAGGAAAUACUUCAUUACCAUCCGGAAGCUUCUUCAACCAAUGCAUAGCUCAUGGAAGAAUGUUUUGUUUGGUAGGAGAGGCUAUUGCUGUGAAACCAGUAUUCUCUUUUUCCUUUUUAUUUGACCUUUUCUUAAUUUGAAGCACGCAUAUUAGGCUUGUAACAGUAAUGUACAAGACUCGAGAUUUUGUUUUAAGAGUUGUUUUAUGAGUUUGAGCUUCCUCUGCAUGAUAGGUGGCCAUAAAUUGUAUAUAGGUGUGGUGUUGUAUGUGGUAUUGAAGACUUAUCUCCCUUUGUACAUCCAUGGUGAAAUUAUGACUGUAUUAUGAGCAUAUGACUAAUAAACUCUGAUUAUCUCUUUAUAUA